AUGCGUCGACUUCUUCGACUCAUGCACGGCACACACGAACCUCUACAGUAUGAUGCCUGUAUGGAUACCCCGGUCGUCCGCGGCCUGUAUGAUCUUGUCACUACAGCAUGCAAGUACAAGUGCCUCCCAUUGCUCCGACCUUUCGCUGCUUCCUGGACAAAUUCAUUCAGAGACGCGGCCCGAGACGAGGAGUCACUCCUACGACUUAGCUGGAUCUUCUACUAGUUGGGGUUCUGGUCCGGAUACGAGCUUGUUGUGGCUCGUCUCGUCAUGGACUUCGAAAUCGAGAGCGCCAUGGUGCGAGGUAGCCAUCCUUCUUUGCCCGUGUGUCUGCCGUCAGGCAUGCUAGACAAGCUCAGAACACAUCGAACCUUCAGGGUCGAAGACAUGUUAUAUGCUCUACGGUUCCGUAUGCCAUCGCUGAACAGAGGAGUCAAGAUGACUUCCCGGCACUGCAAGGCGCUGCGUGCUCCGGAUGAGCAGCUGCACUACGAAUCGCAAUCCUCGUUUCUUGCACGGCAACGCCUUCAGGCGGUAGCGCUCCGGCCUGUACCCCUCGCAGAGACGAUUCGGGAGUCACCGUCCUCCCUGUGCAAUAAACUCGUCGAUAUCAACAAACAACAUCAAAAGCCACAACCACGCAGACUUUGUUCGAUUGUCCCUCUACCUCCCUGGGUAAUGUGCACGCGCACAAACAACAGCACUUCACAUGUGCUCAAUUACAAGUAUCAGCCUAGUAGCGAAUCUCUUUAUCUCAAGGACCAGGCGAGCCUAAUGGGCUUGGAUGUACUCGAGGUAUUCCCGGUGCACUCUCCCUUCCAGCAUAGUUGGCAGCGCGAUGUUUCUUUGAUCAGUCCCAUCAGUGGUGCAGUUCCGGUCUGAGUUUGUGUCUUCCACCAAACAACUUCGGCCGUUCACAUAGUUACAGUAUCCCUUACUAGCCUUAGUUCAGAUAUUAGCGAAUAUUGAAAUCUUCAUAGUAGCCCCUAC